ACAGAUAAUGUCUGAUCCUUUAACUCCACGCCGCAGAAGUAAGAGGGGGAGGACUGAAGAGCCUAGCUCCCCAGCUGCUGAGGAACCUGUUACACCUUCAAGAAAAACAAGAUCAGGGGCUUCCACUCCAUCAUCAACAAGAAGCAGUGCCAGAAAGACGCGGACUUCUCAGGAUGAAACAACAUCCCCUCCAUCCAAGGGCCGACGAAUUGAUAGUUCUCCUGGUGGUGAUCUGGAACAGCUGCCAUCAUCACCACAAUCAGGGGGAGUAAAUCAGGAUAGGUCCCUGUUCUCAAGCCCCCCACAGUCAAGACUUGGAGCUCCCACAAGUGAGAUUGACCUCAGUUCACCUUUGAACUAUGGAACCCCUAGUUCAAGAACAGGUGGUCCUAUGACCCCAGGAGCUGCUGGCACCCCCAUCCGAUCCAGGCCUGACGUUAGAAGUGACCGCAAAAUUCGCCAGGUUACCAUUGGAGGCUCAGACCCUAGUGAACCAACAAGAAUUACAAGUGAGAUAAGCAGUGACCCCAAUGCAGGACCACAGCUAGUUAUAUGGGGUACUGAUGUGGUAGUCAGUCACUGCAAGGAAAAGUUCAAGAGGUUCAUCUGCAAAUAUGUGGACCGAAAUGUAGCAGAUGACGAACAGUUUGACGGGAUGGAUAUCACCCAGCCCUACUACCUACAGAGGCUGGAAGAGAUAAGUUUAGUUGGAGAACCGUUCCUGAACAUCAAUUGUGAACACCUGAAGGAGUUUGAUGCCGACCUGUACAGACAACUGGUCAAUUACCCCCAGGAAGUCAUCCCCACCUUUGAUAUGGCAGUCAAUGAAAUGUUCUUUGAGAAGUUCCCUGACACAACUCUGGAACAUCAGAUACAGGUUCGACCAAUGAAUGCUGAUCGCACCAAGAACAUGAGGUCACUCAACCCUGAGGAUAUUGACCAGCUGAUUACAAUUGGUGGAAUGGUGAUUAGAACAAGUUCCCUAAUUCCUGAGAUGAGAGAAGCCUUCUUCAAGUGUUAUGUCUGUGCCAACACUGCCUCUGUGGAGAUUGACAGGGGGCGUAUAGCUGAACCCGUGCUCUGUACCAACUGUAACACCAACCACUCCUUUGCUUUGGUUCACAAUCGAUCUCAGUUUACUGACAAACAAAUGAUAAAACUUCAGGAAUCGCCAGAGGAUAUGCCACCAGGGCAGACCCCUCACACUGUGGUGAUGUAUGCUCACAAUGACCUGGUAGACAAAGUUCAGCCCGGAGACAGGGUGACCGUCACGGGAAUCUACAGAGCCACGCCCCUCAGGGUUAAUCCUCGCAUGAGGAAUGUCAAGUCCGUGUAUAAAACGCACAUCGAUGUAGUACACUUCAGGAAAGUGCAUGAAAAGAGAUUGAGAGAGGUUGAUGAUGAAGGAGAUGGAAAGGAAACUUUGAUUAAUGAAGAGAGAUUGAAAAUAGUUAAAGAACUUUCAAAGAAACCAGAUAUUUAUGAGCGUCUAGCCAGAGCAAUUGCUCCCAGUAUAUACGAAAAUGAAGAUAUCAAAAAAGGGAUUUUGUUGCAAUUGUUUGGAGGCUGCAGAAAAGAUUUCUCACAUUCAGGGCGUGGAAAAUUCAGAGCUGAGAUUAACAUCCUGCUCUGUGGAGACCCAGGUACCAGUAAAUCCCAGUUACUUCAGUAUGUCUAUAACCUGGUUCCCCGUGGACAGUACACAUCGGGGAAAGGAUCCAGUGCUGUGGGUCUGACAGCUUACAUCACCAAGGACCCAGAGACAAGACAACUCGUCUUACAAACGGGAGCUCUGGUAUUGAGUGACAAUGGAAUCUGCUGUAUUGAUGAAUUUGACAAAAUGAAUGACAGUACAAGAUCAGUCCUUCACGAAGUCAUGGAACAACAAACUUUGUCCAUUGCGAAAGCUGGUAUUAUCUGCUCUUUGAAUGCCAGAACAUCCGUGUUGGCUGCAGCCAAUCCUGUAGAGUCACAGUGGAACAAAAACAAAACGAUCACGGAAAACAUUCAGUUACCACAUACCUUACUUUCCAGGUUUGACCUUAUUUUCCUGAUCUUGGAUCCACAAGAUGAAAUGUUUGACCGAAAAUUAGGAGGACAUCUUGUGUCCCUGUAUUUCAAGACACAUGAAGAUGAAGAAGAUGAAAACUUGGACAUGAGUAUUUUGAAAGAUUACCUGACUUAUGCAAAGAAAUAUGUUCAACCUAAGAUCAGUGAAGCAGCCGGACAAACCCUGAUCGAGUCAUAUGUCAACAUGAGGAAGAUGGGAAGUGGGAGGGGUCAAAUUUCUGCAUACCCAAGACAACUGGAAUCCCUGAUUCGAUUGGCUGAGGCUCAUGCCAGGAUGAGGCUCUCUGAUACAGUAGAGAUUGCUGAUGUGGAGGAAGCAAAAAGGUUGUAUAGAGAGGCUCUGAAGCAGGCAGCUGUAGAUCCAUCGACGGGUAAAAUAGAUGUCACUAUCCUGACUACAGGCUUAAGUGGAGCAGCUAGGAAAAGGAAAGCUGAGAUCACACAGGCACUGAAGAAAAUCAUACAGGGCAAGGGCAAAGUGUCCACACUCAAACACCAAAAACUCUACGAGGAAUUCAGGGAAAACUCGGAUUUUGCUAUCACCAAGGACAUGUUUGAUGAUGCCCUGAAGGAGCUGCAGGAAGAGGACUUCUUGAUCGUGACCAACAAGCUGAUCCGACUCUGUCAGUGACCCGAUUAAUUCCAACAGAAAUAUUGUAUAUAUCAUAUACACUCAGCUUCAUCAUAUGCAGCAACUCAACUUUGAUGUAAACAGUGCUUUACGUUUAGUACAUUUGUAUAUUAUCAAUAAUCUAGUAUUCACUGCUUUUAAAAUUGUUUGCAUAUGAAACAUAAAAAUAUGAACAAAAAAUUAUAUUUGUGUCAAUAUCAGCAGUAAAUUUGUACAAUUAAAACUGUGUAUCUUAUUGUAUAUUGCUAAUGUUAUCUCUUUAAUUGAAUGUAUUCGUUGCACUCUUUCAAGAGAGGAAAGGUCCACCAGUUGUGUUCAGUUGUACAUAGAUUAAAACCUCAAGUGAAGUUGUAUUCUUUUUGCUCUAUGUAUAUAUUUGAUGCUUAAUAAUAAGGAGGCCUUAAUGGGUUGAAUCAGUUUUCUACUAAGGAUUUAUUUUUGCAGUAAAA